CUGGCAGAUACGAUUUCCAGUAUAUUUAUCACAGCUCCUCAAAGUCAUAUUGAUUUUGUAUCUCAUUUGCACUGAUCACUACACGCGUUUUGUUAAGUUUUCUGAUCUUUUCGUAUUGCUUUUCUCGCUGCCCAUUUGAUUGCAGUCCUACAGGUAAGAAAAUACUGCAAGAUGCCAUAUGGAACGGUUUCUGCUAAUGUGAAGUCACCUACUUUGGGAGUAUUUGUGGAUUUGGGUAAUCCCUUGCUGAAUCGAACAGUGGAUGGAUUUAUGACAAUUGGAACUGUGGGUGCUUCCCGUGUGAUUGCAGAGGAGACUUAUGAUGCUUUGCGCAAAGGAAGUAUAACAAAGCAGACCCUUGAGCAUGCAGUGAGUAUUCUACUUCGAUAUAUGGAACUAUAUUUAUUAGCUGCAGUUAAAAAUGUUAAGAAAAUGGGCAAGGAAGGAUUGCAGUGGGGAGCUUUAGGAGGGGUUUAUAUAGGAAUGGAGUAUGGAAUGGAGAGAGUUCGGGGAAAGCGUGAUUGGAAAAAUGCAUUAAUUGGAGGUGCUUUGACUGGAGGACUUGCUACACUGGGUGAGAACCAUUCUAGCAAGGACAAAAUAAUAACGAAUGCCAUCAUGGGGGGAGCUAUAGCUACUGCUUCUGAGUUCAUCAGAUAUCUCACAUAGAGCUGCAGUCUAUAUGAUAAUAUGAAAUACCGAAAUUCAAUGACGCGAACUAAACAAGAGCCGAUUAAUUGUAUGCCAUCAAGCGAUGUUAUUUUUAACGUGUACAUUGAGCAUAUGGGUUGGACCUGUUCAAAGUGGAAAAUUGACAGUGUUCUUGUUUGUCUUGAUGUUUUUUAAAAUUCAUGUUCAAGGAAUAGAGGUAGAGUUUCUUCC